ACAGGACAGAGGAUACAGACAGGGCGCUGGAGGAUCUGUACAAACUCAUCUAGUCUUUUUAAGCUGUGCACUUUGUGUGCAGUUCUGCUAAACAACAAGGAAGAAAUAAAGAAAUCUGUAAAUAAUCACCCGCAUAUCUCAGUCAUGGCGGGGGCGAAGACGCUUGACCUCAUACUUGGAGUUGUGUUACUUCUGCACUCUAUGGGAAGUCUUUUCCACAUCACCCUGGGGGAGUUCACAGCCGAGGGGGCAUCCUACUCCAUGGUUCAGGGACUGGCGCAGGAUGAUGACGUUGCAGUGGAAGUGCUCAGGAGGAGACGGUGGCUUUUGUCAGAGCCCCGUCCCAUGACCAGUAACAAAGCCAGUCAGGAGAGCUCAGAAGCAGAGUCACCAGAUUUAACUGGAGCGUUGUCAGAUUUGGAUGCAGACAACAGCUCACAAAUAAUGGAGGACACAGACCACAAUUAUUACACAUCAAAGAUGUAUGGUCCCAACGAUCCCAUGAGCAAAGAAUUAUGGGUGAACAUUGACCAAAUGGACAAGGAAAAAGUGAAGAUUCAUGGAAUCCUGUCCAACACACAUAGACAAGCUGCGAGGGUCAACCUGUCUUUUGAUUUCCCAUUUUAUGGCCAUUUUCUGAGGGAGAUCACCGUGGCAACAGGCGGGUUUAUCUACACCGGAGACGUGGUACACAGAAUGCUGACAGCCACGCAGUACAUCGCCCCACUCAUGGCGAACUUUGACCCUAGUGUGUCACGGAAUUCAACUGUAAUUUACUUCGACAAUGGUACUGCACUCGUGGUUCAGUGGGAUCAUGUUCACCUCCAGGACUCGUAUAAUCUGGGUAGCUUCACAUUCCAGGCUACACUGCACAGUGACGGCAGGAUCGUCUUUGCCUACAAAGAGGUUCCUAUUCAGAUUGCUAAGAUCAGCUCUGUUAACCACCCGGUGAAGGUGGGCCUUUCUGACGCCUUUGUGGUGGUACACAGGAUCCAGCAGAUUCCUAAUGUUCGAAGAAAGACAAUCUAUGAGUAUCAUCGUGUGGAGUUGCUCAAGACCAAAAUCACAAACAGCACAGCUGUGGAGAUGAUGCCACUGCCUACCUGUCUCCAGUUUGGAAGCUGUUCCUCCUGCCUAGCUGCCGAGAUCAACUUCAAUUGCAGCUGGUGUCACAGACUCAACAGAUGCUCCAGUGGGUUUGAUCGCCAUCGGCAAGACUGGGUGGAUAACAGCUGUCCAGAUGAGACAAAGGACAACACCUGUGACAUCAUCAGCACCACUAAGUUUGAAUCGUCCACCACGGCACCAGUGACAAAGUCAGCAACGAGAAACAAGGUGGCUACAGAGGCUGAUUCCACCCAGGCUACAUCACAUCCACCCACCAGUGUGCCAACAGAAGAUGAUACCAAGAUUGCUCUUCAUCUUAAAGACAACAGAGCCGCAGCCGCAGCAGCAGCACACAGUAUGGCAGAGCGUGAAACGCCCAGCGACACUCACACCCUUCAUACAGGCCUGAUCUUGGCCAUGCUCAUGCUAAUCCUGCUGAUAGUGGGAGUGGUGCUGGUAACCGUUUACAUCUACCACCACCCCAGCUCUGCAGCCAGCCUCUUCUUCAUUGAGCGACGACCAAGCCGGUGGCCUGCUAUGAAGUUCCGUCGCGGUUCGGGUUAUCCUGCGUACUCUGAGGUCGAGCCUGUAGGUCAGGAGAAGGAAGGCUUCGUUGAGUCUGAGCAGUGCUGAGGUCAUGAUGUUUGACCUUGUGGUCUCAUAUACUGUCCUGCUAAGAGGUCCCAGUUUUAUUAUCCCUCCACAUCAGAAACAACAGUAUAAGUAAAAGAUCGCUCCUGAAGAACCUGAUCAUUGAUGAUUAGUAGCACAGAUUUACAUUCCUGAGGCUCAGCGAGGCCACAUGAAGAGAUGCUGAUUAUGAAACACUUAUUGCUUGUUUCUGAACUGCACAAUGAGCUCUAGAUCUGAUCCGGGAUUGAUACUUAAAUCGCAGAAUCCCUCUUGAACAGAUUUGGACUGUAAUUGGGUGCAUUUUUUAUUUUACCAUGAACAGUUUUGACUUCCAGUUUUUGUUUAGGAGGAAUUAUUUAGGUCUUUAUAUAUCUUUGCAAUGGGUUUUGGGUUGUUAUUUUUAUGUCAAUGUCUUUUUUUU